AUGCCUCAUGAUAAAGCAUCCCGCUCCGGCCCUCCACAUGAGUCCGCCUCGUCGCUGUCUCCUGACCAGAGCCACCUAAACGCCGAUUCCGAAGCCAGCAGGGACACCUCGCGAUUUUCCAGUCCAUUCACUGAGCUCCCCCAUCCAGACAAGUUCGACGCCGACGACGACGGAUUUGAGGACUGGGACGACGACCUUGAAGAGAACAUGCCAUCAGAUCUACGUGAAGCGCCGCGAGGUUCGAAUUCACAUCAGGCGCAACCUUUGCUCGCGGGAGACAAGCACCAAGAUUAUGAGUCGCCUACGCGGCCCUCCCUAGGCCGUCGUCGCUCUACAGCACGCUUCAKAGAGAGGGAUCCAGAAUUAGCAGAGGAUAAGGGAGAUACCCGGAAACGAUAUACAUAUGCUGCAUGCUUCCUGCUCAUAAGUCUCGUCAGUUUCGCCGUACAGACGGAGACGGCGGUAUACAUCCAGCAUGACCUACACUGGACCAAGCCAUAUUGUAUGCUGUACAUGACCCACGGCUCGUGGUCAGUGUUGUGGGUGGUGCAGCUCUUGAUACUGCGGUUGCAAAAGUGGAAUCAGCCCUGGGAUGCCUUCUGGAGACGACAUGUAUCCAUACUUCGGUCGACAGCGCAAAUGAUCGAGCAUCAAACCUUGAAUAUUCCACCCCACCUUCAGAAGAAGUCUCCCUGGCCAUAUUUCAUGCGCACUACAGCUUUUGUAACAUGUGCCCUGACUGUUGCUGGUGGGAGCUGGUACGUGGCAGUGGAUCUCACCACUGCUUCCGACCUGACGGCCAUCUACAACUGCUCAGCGUUCUUUGCAUAUGCUUUUGCAGUCCCAAUUCUGCACGAAAAGCUUCGCUUGGGUAAGGUCGUUGCUGUAGGGAUCGCUAUCGUAGGCGUAUUGGUGGUAGCAUAUGGCGAUGCCGCGACAGCAAAGCAUGGGAACAAGUCUGGAGGCGGAGCUGGGGGCCCGUCAGCACCGGAUAACUCAGAAGCAUCUAAUCGGGCUCUUGGUAACCUCGUCAUUGGUGUUGGAAGCGUGCUCUACGGCUUUUACGAGGUUCUAUACAAACGGGUUGCAUGCCCGCCGGAGCACUGUUCUCCUACACGAGGCAUGCUUUUCGCCAACACGUUUGGCUCCAUGAUUGGCGUCUUUACGCUGCUGGUGCUGUGGAUUCCGAUCCCAAUCCUCCACAUCACAGGGAUCGAGACCUUUGAGCUACCUCGUGGAGAGGCUGCGUGGAUGCUCAUCGUAUCUGUUUUGUCAAAUGCUACCUUUAGCGGUUCCUUUCUGGUCUUGAUCUCGCUCACAUCGCCAGUUCUAAGCUCGGUCGCUGCGCUCUUAACCAUAUUCUUGGUCGCGCUUUGCGAUCAAAUAUUGCCGCCGCCGCUUUACAGUCCAUUAACCGGAGCUGCUGUGGCAGGUGGAUGUCUCAUCAUCUUCGCAUUUCUGCUUCUGAGCUAUGCUACCUACCGGGAAAUGGAGGAGGAGAAUCGRCAAAAGGCCGAAGAACGAGUAGACGAAAGCGAUGUCGAGGAUCUUUAA